UCUUCCGUCCAUAUCCUCUCUAUCACUGUCCCCUUGCGAUUCUUAUAACGCGACGUGAAUGCAUGAGUGCAACACACCUUCCUCGUAGAAGAGCAGCCGCGUUUGAGCCCCCUGCUGAUAGGCCGCUCCUUCCCGCUUGCUUGGGCAAUCUUGCUUCACAAGCAGCGCCAAGCUGUCGCACACCACAGCGCCAGAUGGCCUAGAAGCCGGCCUCGUGACCGUCUGAUCGCUAUCAUAUGCUUCCACUAUCUAUAUAACUAGCAUACCUCCGCCAUGGCAGAUCGCCCUCCGUUCACCUCUCGUCCGUCCAUCGAGGAUGCAGAGUCUGAGAUGGCUCCUCUCCAUCCCGCCUCAACUCAUGACUUGGAGGUGACCGAAUCUCAGGGACAACUCAUCGAUGCGACUGGUCAUGCCCGAAUUUACAAGCGACGUUUCUUUGGUCUUUUCCAGCUCGUUCUGCUCAAUAUCAUUAUCAGCUGGGAUUGGUUGACUUUCUCGGCCGUAUCAUCAACUGCCGCUCAAUUCUUUCAAGUUUCAGAGAGCGCCAUCAAUUGGCUCAGUACUGGAUUUUUGUUUGCAUUCGUUGCUGUCACUCCAUGCACCAUCUGGGCACUGCAUAGAGGUCCGAAGACAUCAAUCGUGAUUUCAGCGCUGCUGUUAUUUGCAGGCAACUGGAUUCGAUAUGCUGGGACACGCGUCGGUCGUUUCGGUGUAGUGAUCUUUGGCCAAAUCAUCAUUGGAUUCGCCCAGCCCUUUGUGCUGGCAGCACCAACCCGAUAUAGUGAUCUUUGGUUCACUGGAAAGGGCCGUGUCUCCGCUACGGCUAUAGCGUCUCUGGCCAAUCCUCUCGGCGGCGCACUUGGCCAGCUCAUUGGUCCUCUAUGGGUGACCAAGCCAGAAGACGUACCGGACAUGGUGCUGUACACAGCCAUCAUUUCCUGCGUGGCAUGCUUGCCAUCAUUCUUCAUUCCCUCCAAGCCACCAACAGCGCCGUCGGUCAACGGAGACAACGAGAAGUUGACUGUCUCCGAGUCUAUUCAAUCUUUGAAACGAAACAAGCCGUUCUUCCUGAUUCUUACCGCGUUCGGUGUGUAUGUCGGAUUCUUCAACGCCGUGUCCAGUCUCAUCAAUCAAAUCUUCGAGCCGUACGGCUUCUCAGAGACCGAAGCUGGCAUUGCAGGCGCCCUCCUUAUUGUGGUCGGUCUUGUUGCUUCGGCGGUUGUUUCACCAUUAGUCGACCGAACGAAGCAAUACCUACUGACAAUAAAAUUGCUGGUACCACUUAUCGCGAUUGGGUACCUACUGCUCAUAUUUGUGCCGGAGACACGUACGGUCAUCGGCCCAUACGUCGUCUGCGCCUUGCUGGGAGCGGCUUCAUUCUCGCUACUUCCGUGUGCGCUUGAGUACUUGGUCGAAAUCACAUAUCCGGCUAGUCCAGAAGUCAGCAGUACCAUAUGUUGGGCUGGAGGACAAUUGCUCGGAGCUAUAUUUAUCAUUAUCAUGGAUGCUUUGAAAGGAGGUGUCUCUGGCGAGCCCGAGGCUACUAUGAAACGAGCUCUGAUCUUUCAAGCUGUGGUCAGCUGGCUGGCCGUACCUUGCGUUUUCGCAUUGAAUUUGUUAGACAAAAGCAGUAUUGGUCUACGGCGGCAUGGGGCUGAGACCACUACAGAGGAACAUGGCUAAAAGACAGAGGCUUUAUCAUCUUCUGUUAGAUAUUUGUCUAUAGAGACAGUACUCCUCGGACAUACUGAAGUAGUCCAUGCAAUAUUAUUGGCACACCUUCUUCGCAUUGUUCAAAGCAGGGCAACGAAGAGCUGUGGAAAGGCACAGUCAUAUCUCUUAUGAU